CCAUUGCAUGCUGGCAAUGCCCUGCCUGCUCCUGUUUUGUGAACCCUGCCAGGCAGAGCUCACCCGAGCAUCAGGAAAAGGAAUGUGUAAGCAGCCCUCCGGACUUGGUGCAGCAUCACACUCACAUCCCAGAGGCAGGGGAAGGGGUCUCCCCACAUCCCCCCCGAUAACCCCUUGGCCCUUUUUGAGCCUGAUUUGCAAUUUGUCACUAUUUGAAGGUGGCCCGAUGCCACUCACGAACAUCCCAGCCCUCCCGCCUCUCUCACACCCUGUCACUGCCCUGUCCCUGUCCCCACGGGGCUGUGCUGGCUCCGGCCCCAUGGCCCCGCAGCAGGCGGCAGCACCCGGCCAGGGCAGGCUCAUGGGCUGUGCCAAGGGCACCUGGUGGCACACGAGGACCUGCAGUGUGCGCAUGCCUCUUCUCGCCCAUCCCAGUGCACGUGCGUCCCCUCCCAGCUCCCCACGUGGCACACACGUGUCCCUUUGCACCUCCCUGAGCCGCACAUCCAUGUUCCUUCACACCUCGCUGAGUAGCACAUCCGUGUCCCUUUGCAUGUCCCUGCGUGGCACUUCCUUAUCCCUUCGUGUGUCCCCAUGUGGCACAUCCGCGUCCCUUCACGUGUCCCCACAUCCCUCUGCGCCUCCCCGAUGGCGUGUCCAUGUCCCAUCACGUCCUCGUGAGGUGCGUGCGUGCCCCUGGUCCUGCCCAGGCAGGACACAAUUAUUGUCAGUAACUGCGAGGAUUGCUGCUACGUCACCACGGACACCAGGGGCUGGUUGGACCCCCCUCCCAGGGAGGUCGCACCCAUCCUGCCCCACCAUACAAUCUGGCCCUUUGUUUCACUCUUUUGCAAUGCGUGCUUUUUCUGGAACCAGUUCCUCGUGCUCCUGGAGCAGGACGUAGAUGGGGAGAGGUUUCACCACCGCUGUCCUUCCCAUCUCUCGAAAUCCCUAAGGGGCAUAAUGGGCUCUUUGUGGUGCUGCUCCACGUGAGCACAGACUUGGGGUGAAAAUUUUGGGCAUCCUGGGGUUCAGGCUUCCCCCUAGGUAGCCUUUCCUCCAACACACGCAGGGUUCAGCUGCCUGCUGAACCAGACACCGGGAACCCCAUGGGGUCUCCAUGAGCUGUGGCAUUUCUGUGACCCUGGAGGAGGUGACGAUUGCCAAUGCUCCUGGUAAUCAUCAGGCAGCAAUCACCUCUGCUGGGAAAUGCCACCUAAGCACAGCUGGCAGGCUUCCUGCACAUUGGCAAGUCCUGAUCUGCAAUGUCUUCCUUGGCUGCCUGCGCUAGCUGUUAGGAAAUGAUGUGCCAGGGAUGCUGCCUGUGAUUUUGGAGAGGUGAUCAGGGUGGGAUGCAUCCCCCAGCACCUACAGGUUGGGUCAAACACCCCAUCCCCAUCCAAAGCCAAACACUGGGGCAGAUGUAGGAAGAACUACAUUCCCAUUGGGAAAUAUCAGCAUUGCCCCAUGGAGACCCUCAUUUAAUGCACUCAGGAAAAAUCCCUCUUUCCUCAUCUCCACCAAGAACCCCAAACCUGGGGAAACCCCUGUGCUGUCAUGUAUCCACUAUUCUGGCUCCUCGCAAAUGUCUCUUUUGGUGUUUCCUUGUUUUGCACUAAUGAGUUUGGUGUGUCCUCUCCCUCGUUAACCCCAGGAGCAGUUGGUUCCUGGAGACAGGCAAGAAAUUGCUGCCUGGGCGUGCUGCGUGCCGAGAAGCCUUGCACAAUUCCCAAGGUUAUCACCCCAGAGAAGAUUUGAGGGCGUCACAAAUCAUAGCUCAGGGAGGGUAUAAAAGAGCCCUCUCCAGCACUGUGCAGCCACCGAUCCUGCCCACUCCUCUCCUCUCCUUUCCAUGUCGCUGUCAGAACAAGCCAACCCCAGGGCCACCCCUCGCAAGAUGAAGACCGACCUGGAGCUCGCGCUGGAGUGCGCCAUCAACAUCUACCACCAAUACGCCAUCAAGAACCCCCUGGAUGACUACCUGAGCAAGUCGGAGUUUACGCAGCUGAUGAAGGAGACCGCCAAGACCUUCCUCACCAACACCGUGCCGCCUAAAACAUCCAUCGAUGCCUACAUAAACCAGCUCUUUGCCAGAGCAGACAAAAACCGCGACGGUCGCCUGAAGUUCACUGAGUUCCUCACCACGCUGAACCUCGCAGCCAUUGAUGCCCAUAAAAGGUCCCAUGAGCCUCCCAGGGUCCAUGGCCCACAUCCAGCUGGUGGUCACGACCACGGACAUGACCAUGGACAUGACCAUGGACACGGUCCCCGCAACUGAGGCCGUUCCCAGGGUGGCUCUGCCCACAGAAUUGUGCUCUUCCAGCAGCAGCAUCUCUUCCAUUUGCCCACAAGCAUAUAACCAAAGCUGUGUUGUCUGCUUCUGCCUAUGGCACUGAAAUAAAAUUUCUUUCUCCAUGCACCAAACGCAUCUGUGCUAUGUUUCCUGCACUCUCUGGGGGGACGUGACAUGCACCCAGCUCAGCCCGCAGCCACGGGGGGUUAAAUGCAGGUUGCACUGGGGAAACAGCAGGACAGGGAAGGCAGGGGGGAGUCAGGCCACUUGUCCCUGCUUCUGUCCCUUGGGACAGAGCGGAGCCACACACCUGCUCACAUGGGGCUGUUUCACAUAGCAGGCUCCCCAUCCUGCAGCACUCAGUCCCCAGCAGGGUUGCCACCACCUCCCCAAGGCUCACGGGCUCCUUGCUUGGGAUUGCUUGGCUCAGCAGCUGGGUUUCCUGGGCAGGGGCAGCCAGGGGAGUGCACAAGAGCAUCCUCACCCAUGAUCCCAGACCCUCCUUGCCCCAGCUCCAGGAUGCUCCAUGGGUGAAGCACAGCCGGGUGCUCGCGGGGUGCUGCUGAGCCCCCCCAGCGCUGACCCCGGGUGGGGGCACUGCUUUUGCAACCUGCAGAGCAACUGAUGUUUUCCUUGCAAGUCCAGCACUGGCACAAUGAACGGUGUAGAGGGGCUUUGUGGAUGCAGUUUUAACUCUACAUGAUGAAGCCUCACACUUUUGUUAGUGUUGGGUGACAGCUCCUGGGCUCCCAGCAGGUUUAGGAGCCACUGCAGGCUCUUGGGGGCCAAAUACACAAGUGGAAAAGAGCUGGGGUGUUUGUGGGGAGCCAUGCACUGAAGGGGAAAUCCCCAGGCUCAUGAGGUUCUGGUAUUUCCAGCAUCAGCUGGAACCAGGAGCCCACGCUGUAUGAAACUGAGCUGGGAGAGGAAGCACAGGGCUGUUGCGUGGCUAUUUGCACUCAAUGACACCAGUCGUCGCUCUCCGACGCUGCAGUUUUGCCAUCAGCGAGCAGCCCUUGUCCCCCAUCUCGGUGCUCUUCACCCCCUGCUCCGUGCCAGCAUCCCUGGGCAUCAUUUGGGCAUCACUGCGGGUUUUGGGGAAGAGUUGGGAACUCAGAACCACAACUCUGCCCCCAAGGGGACAAUGCAGACACACAGGACAAAACCUAGCCGGGCUGGUGGCUUGCAAUGACAGCUGGGGAAUGAGGAUGCAAUUUGGGACUGCUGACGGGCCAUAAUGAGAGAAGAAAAGAAACAAUAAAGUGAGUCAGGGAUACCAAAAUAGACCUCCUGCAACAGUUCUCGUUACUGCUCCUGAGACAUGCGAGGAGCACCCUCAAACAGGAGUGGUGAGCCGUUUGUUUUCGUAUCCUCACCCUCUUCCUGGAACCUACUGUCUUGUCUUUACACCUUUUCAUAGUCUCCUCUUCAUCCUUCUAGCACCUGCUCUGCUAGUGUCACAGGGGUGGCUGUUGCAAAACAUCCCAGUUAAUGCUCCAGACAGCAAAGACCACGACCUUGGAUUUUCUCCUUGCUUUGAGCCCAGUUUCCUCCACCAGGUUUCUGGAGCAAGAGGGAAGGUCUGGUGCAAGUGAUAUGAAAUGGAAAAUAAUGGAAAAUAAAUAAUCUGGAAAACCAUCUAUUGAAAUGUAGACAACACUUUCAUCUUUGCUAGCAUUUGUCCAGUUCAUAAUGUAGGAAACAGUUUGCAAUCACACUAAAAACAUAUCCACAUCUCUCCGAAAAUCCCAUCUUUCUUCUACACCGGCAUAAAAGAGGGAAACAUUUUCAGCACGUUGCAAAACCUGCAAAUUUUUGUCAAGUCCUGCCAAGGUGGACGGUGCAUUUCUGUCAAGGUGGGGGGAGUACAUCCAGUGGUUUCCCCAUUCUUUGCCCAGUUGGAGCCAAUGGUGGGGUGACAGGACAGCAUUUCCAAAGGCCGGUUGGUGCAACCAGGAACUGCGAGCAGAGGAAUGAGAUGGGGAGGGGCUCAGAUGUUCCCACCUUGCAAUUUCCAGGUGCGGGAAAUGCUAAUUCAAGCUGUUGCUUGCAGCAGGUGUGUCACCAUCUCUGAUGAAAGAGAGUCUCAGAUGCAUAUAAAAGGCUGCCCAGAGAGCUGGGUCACUUCAACAGACCCAUCUUCUGCAAACCCUCCUUGGACACAAGGUGAGUAGCAUUGCAAUAGUUCUUGCAGCAAAUAAGGUGAGGGAGAAGUGAUUUUGUAUAGUACUUCAUCUCUAUAAUACUUCGUAUUGUGUCUAUUUUAUCCCAGUGCUUCCCACUUUGGGGAGGCUGGUUUUGGCUGCAGCAAGGCUUUGUG